CCUCUCCUUUUUACCUGCGGACUACAACAGUGUCGGAGUCGCCUCCCCCCUACCCUUCCUUUUGAAACGCUUUUCCUUCUCACAGAAGUAUACUCUCCCUGCCUUUCUGCAUCACAUGUCGAACAGCCAUCUCUCUUAUCUACCCGAAGACGAUGAAACAGAGAAUGAACAUGAAGACGAAGGCGAAGACGAAGAAGAAGAAGAAGACGAUGAUGACGAAGAUUAUGUUCCACCUACAGGGAUAGACAUUGUUCCACAAAACCCACUUUCAGAUUUUGUUCAACAUGCUUCCAUGGAAAACGAACUGCAAGAGCAAGGCGCAGACGGGUUCGUUCCUCAGGUUCCGGCAAAUGCAGCACCACAAAUCAUCGAAGUAGAAGAUGAAGAAGAACAAGAAGAGGAUCGAAGAAGAAGAAGAGAACAAGGAGAAGCAUCGUCUUCAUCAUCAAAGAGAGUAGUAGAAUGUGAAGAAAAUAAUACCACGACACAACCGAAUCUGAACGAUGUGGUUGGUACAAGCUGUUCUAUUUGCAUGGAAUGUUGGACCUCUGAUGGUACUCAUCAAUCCAGUUGUCUUCCUUGUGGACAUGUCUAUGGUAAGUCAUGCAUUGAACAAUGGAUUCGACAAUGUGGAAGACAUUAUGGGAAGUGUCCUCAAUGCAAUAGGAGGUGUACAUUAAAAGAAAUCAUAUUGCUUUAUCCACCACCAAUUGUUGUUGUUGAUCAAACGAUGAUAGAAUCUCAUGAAGCUAGAAUUAAAUCUCUUGAGUCCGAACUUGAAUAUUACAAGUUUACGCUUGCUAGUAGAGACAUGGAAACUAAUCAACUAAAGGCGGAGGUGGCUCGCUUGAAAAAUGUGUCACUUGGACAGUCUCAAGAGGAACCAUCUGAAUUUAUUGCAAUGAGGGAAAGAUAUCAAGAAGAAUGUAUAUAUGGACAGUCUCUUUCCUCAAAUAUUGGACAAUGGGGGUCUCCACUUUGCCACUUUGUAUUAAAGGAAGAAUUGGGUCUCGCUGGUGCGCGGAUUUUUGAUAUUGAUACUUCUAGCCAAAUUUUGAUUCUUGCACGGAGGCUUUCUGGAAUGGGUGGAGCACAUGUGCUCACAAAAAUUAGUCUGAUGUAUCCACAUGAAAAUGAAGAUAUACAGCUUCCUCCCAGCACCAGAGCUGUGAAAGAUUUGCAUUUGUCCCCUUCUUCUGGUAGAUUAUCACUUCUAGCUUUCCUGGGGAAGAAAUUAUCAGUUCUCAGCAUGGAAAGCAACAAUAUUGUCCUCUCAUAUGAUUUACCGGUCUCUGCAUGGUCAUGUUCGUGGGAUCUCAAUAGUCCACAUCAUAUAUACGCUGGAUUACAGAAUGGCAUGCUUUUAGUGUUUGAUAUGCGCCAAACCUCAAGGCCUAUGGAAUCUUUAAAUGGAAUUAUCGAAAAACCUGUUCAUGCCAUUUACUCUCUUGUAAAUGACUCUGCUCCUCCUUCCGGUACUAGAACAGUACUAAGCGCAUCAGCAGCUGGCCCUUGUGUGUGGAAUGUUGGUGAUUCUGGAGUAAGGCCAUUUCUUGUUCCUGAAUUGGAGAACCAAGGGGUCUGUAUGUCACUUGCUUAUUGUUCAUCAACUGAUGACAUUGUUGCUUCCUUUCGUCCCGAUGGGACCACUGAUUCUCAACUUUCACCUUCUCCUUCACCCACUGCCCUGGGACAAGGAAUACAGGGUUCUCAUGUUCUUGUCAAAAGAAUUGGUAGCAGUGGUUACCAGAACUUGGGUUCUACUUCUGCCACUAUAAGUAAAAUUCGAAUACCAAGGUCUACAAUUGUAAAAGUUGGCGCUUGCACCACAUUGUUUGCGUAUGGGGAUGACAUAAACCGUGAACUAUGCUUGCGGGAGUUGCCAUCUUUAAGGGUUAUUCAGAAAUUGCAGCCACAUCAGUAUCCCAUCCUUGAUGUGAAGUAUGCACAUUCCUCUGGCCCAGGUCUGCUUGGUUGCAUGAGUGAGGAUAAAUUACAGCUUUUCUCUGCAAGGGUUUCUUGAAAAGAGACACAGUGCGGACUGCCGGUGCUUAUGAAGAAAAAAAAAUUAAGAAAACUGUUACAAGUUUCAAGGACUUGAAAGAAUCUUCCUUAAUCAUCUAUUUAUGUUCCAUGACUUAUAUCACUUUGUGCCAUAUUUGGUUCUCUGCAACAUGGUCAUCUACUCAUCUCACUCAGUUCUGUCAGCAGACUCUUGGGAAUUCACUUUUUGGCGGGGAAAGUAAGUUGCAACUUUUGACAAGUCAUUGGUCGGUCAACCAGAUGCAUCCAUACAACCUUGUAUCCAUAUACAUGUAUCUAUGUAAAUAUUUGACUUUAUAAUAGAUAUGUCAUAUAUGGCAAUAAUGUUCUGUCAGAAAAAAAUUAAGGUAAGAAAAAUAAUCCCUUGCAUCUUC